AAAAUAAAAUAACUAUCCAUUUUCUCUCCCGAGAGCGACUUCAAAGACAAACUAACACCUUUUCGUUAUCUCCGCCGUUUCCGGCCGGCGUCGGCUUCUCCGGCGUCGGCCAUCGUCUUUUUCUUAUUCAGUUGCUUCUACUUCCCCUAAUUGCUGUUCAGUUUUAGAUUUAUGUAGUUAAAAAUGGCAAAUCAAAAUUAUCAAACCCACACAUUUUGCCUCUUCGCGACGGUGGUGAUUCAGGGACUGAGUCCGUCAAUUGCAAAUCAGACUCCGGCCACGCCUCUUGAGCCAUUCUUGAUUUGGAUUAUCUACCAAUUCGUUUGGCUUUCACUGAAAGAUUUGACAGAUUCAUACCGCAUCCAUUGGCGCCCUUUCUUUGUAAUGUCGAUUCCAUGGAAUUGUGAUGUCCUUCUUGGUAGAAGGUUUGUUUCCGGUGCGUUUGCUCACUACCGGUGGAUUUUCCGGUUAUCAACCGGUGAAAGUCCUCUUACCGAAUGGUAUGGAGAUGUUACAUGGGUUUUUGAUCCCGGAAUAAACGAAGGAAUCAUUCUCCUUGACGGAACCGGAAUCAUAUAUCAAAUCGGGUAUGCUUCUCGAAUUGAGUUGGGAUUAAGUUUUAUCCUCGGAAUUCUGGUCACAUGUGCAAGAUAUGGGACUUGGUACUCUUGUGUUGAAUGUGACAAUGGAUUUCUUGUGCCGUUAAAAUUGUCUGAUGAUGGUGAUGGUUUCCCAUUACCUUGGUUGGAAUUUUUCGUCUCGUGGAUUGAUUGUAUGGGUUUAGGAUUAUAUGGUUCCAAAGUUAAGGUGAUGACUUUUUUUUAUGAUGACGAUGGUGAUUACUUUCCUUGGUCGGAAGCCUUUCUUUUAUCAGAACGAGUUCAUCGUUAUAUUCAGUUGACUUGUCUUUGGUACAACCCGAAUCAAGUAACGAGCGUGAUGAGAAGGAAGAUGGUGAAGAGUGAUUGUGAUGGUGAUGUUUUCUCUUUCCCGUGGUCGGAAAAUCACAUUUCUAUGAAAUGGAAAAUCAUGGGUACCAACCGGCAACGUUGCGUAAGACGUUUCGAGUAUAUCGUAUUGAGUUUCAAAAGACAAGAAUUAGAAUCAUUUCAAGCAACACUACAGUUUUUUCUUUUAAUCAGAGUAAUGCGAAAAGCAUUUUGGAGUUUCAUCUAUAAGAUGAUAGCCAACUACGAGUAUGUGAAGGGGGGACGUAACAGAUUUUAUCUGUUAGCAUGUAAGGCUUCCGAUUGGAAAGCAGGGUCAUUUCCACUCCUUCAUCGAAAUUGUGUUCAAUUUCCUUUAUUUGUGUCAAUGGUUGUAUUUGAGUGGUUCAUAUAUCAUGUAAAACUCUCUUUAUUGUAUAAUAUAAUUUGAUUUGCCGGAAAAAAAAAA